AUGAUAAAUACGAUAUUUCUAUGCAAUCCCGAGGGAGAAUACAGGAUAAAAAGAUCGUUUACACUUGAAAAAAUAGACCUGAGAUCGGCAUUCAAGACCAAACUGGCACUGCGUAAUUUUUUUAGGUUUGAAGGUAAAUUGUAUGUGGUAAAGACGUACAAACUGAUAAAAAUCGUGUUUGUGGUUGAAAAUGAGAACCCCUUUAUAACAUUCUACUACAUUGAUAGCCUGUUCCAGUUGCUGAAUGCGUAUUUCUCCGGAUUUUCUGAGUCAAACCUUAUUUACAACUACGAGGAGGCAUAUUAUAUGCUGGAUUCCAUGUUCUUGGACGGAAAGCUAAUCCAAAAUAACAGGGAGUUGAUUUUGGACAAUACAAAGGCAUUCUUCAGACGAAAGCGGGCACAGAAGAGUUGAUGUACCUCCAUAGUGAUAUCAUGAUAAAAAUAAAGCUACC